UUGGACUCUAUUAGACACUAGAGUGAAUCCAGCGCUGUCGGGGGGAGAACAUUUCCCUCUAAAUACAACAUUCUAGUCUCCGGGACGACAAUCUACAUUUACCAGCAGGAAACACUCGAGUGGUGGACACGAGUUUGGAGGAGAUGGACCAGGACCAGGACCAGAUCCAGGACCAGAUCCAGGACCAGAUCCAGGACCGGGGUCAGAACCAGGACCAGGAGUCCAGCAGCAGGACCAAAGCGGACUCUUCCUCCGCUGGUCUGCAGAAACAUAAAGCCAAAGAGAGAAAAAAUAGGAGGGAUAAAGUCAUCACCACUUCACCAGGUCUGAAGGUCCGAAAGAGGAUUCAUACUGAAGGGAAGCCGUACACCUGUGACCAGUGUGGGCAAGCUUUUACCACAUCAAGUAUUUUAAGGCGUCAUCAGUGUAUCCACACUGGAGAAAAGCCGCACAAGUGUGAUCAGUGUGGGGCAGCUUUUACAGAACAAAGUAGUCUAAGGAGUCAUCAGCGUAUUCACACUGGAUUUAAGCCGUACAGAUGUGAUCAGUGUGGGGCAGCUUUUACCAUGUCAGGUCAUCUAAGGAGUCAUCAGCAUAUUCACACCGGAGAAAAGCCGUACAAAUGUGAUCAGUGUGGGGCAGCUUUUACCCAACAAGGUAGUCUAAGGAGUCAUCAGCGUAUUCACACUGGGGAUAAGCCUUACAGAUGUGAUCAGUGUGGGGCAGCUUUUACCCAACAAGGUCAUCUAAGGAGUCAUCAGCGUAUCCACACUGGGGAUAAGCCUUACACAUGUGAUCAGUGUGGGGCAGCUUUUACCCGACAAGAUCAUCUAAGGACUCAUCGGCGUAUUCACACUGGAUUUAAACCUUACAGAUGUGAUCAGUGUGGGGCAGCUUUUAACAUGUCAGGUAAUCUAAUGCGUCAUCAGCGUAUUCACACUGGAGAAAAGUCUUACAAAUGUGAUCAGUGUGGGGCAGCUUUUACCCGACAAGAUCAUCUAAGGACUCAUCGGCGUCUAAGCCGUCAUCAGCUUAUUCACACAAGAUAAAAAAUUAUGUCUGGUAUCAGCGGGGGCAGCUUUUACUCGGAAAGCUCCGUUAAAGGUACCAAUUUAGACAUGUUAUGUUCUGAGAAAAAAAUUAAUCUUUAGUUUUGUUUUCAAUUUCAACUGAAAAAUGUGUUUAUCUUAAAGGGGACCUAUUAUGGCAUUUAAUGUAUAUUUUAAACAGGCCUUGAAUGUCUUAAAAACAAUCUAAAGCUUGUUUUUUUCUACAUAAAUCAGAAAUUC